AUGCUUUCCCUGGCAUCAAUUGUCCUCAGCGUAGGAGCUGCAUUACCAUUGGCCACAGCCAAUGCCUUAUCGGGCGCCCUUCACCGAGACGUUGUAGUUAUCGGCGGGGGAGCUGCUGGUGCCUAUGCAGCUGUGCGCCUACGCGAUGACUUUAAUAAGAGCAUCGCUCUGAUUGAGAAACAGGAUAUCUUGGGUGGUAUGGUCGACACAUACGUUGACCAGAAGACUGGCGCCACCUUUGACUUCGGGGUCCAAACCUUUCUCAACGUUAGCGGCGCAAAGGCCUUCUUCGACCGGUUCAAUGUCUCAGUUGGCAGCUACUCAAGUAGCGCCUCCCUCAUCACGGAGUACAUUGACUUCAACACCGGCGCAGAAGUCGACUUUGAGGUCCCCUCAAUCACGGCGCAGAUCGUCGCCAUCGCCCAGUUCCUCACAGUCAUUGAGCCGUGGGAGUCCAUGCUGCAACCGGGUUACUGGAAUUUCCCUGAUCCCAGCAACAUCCCCGAUGAUCUCCUGAUCCCCUUUGGGGAAUUCCUGACGAAGUAUGGCCUCGAGGACGGGGCGCCGAUUAUCUACUCAACCACCGGCUUGGGAGUGGGCAACAUGAGUGAGGUCGCGACUAUGUUCGCGCUGCAGAGCUUUGGCUGGGAUAUGGCACGCGCCCUCACAGGCCAGUUGGGCUUGUUUACACCCACUUCUGGGGGCAACCAGGCUCUCUACAACGCCAUUGCCACCGACCUGGGCGAUGAUGUCCUGUACUCCAGCACCGUCCUGAAAAGCCGUCGAACCAACUCCGGCGUCUCGCUCACCGUGCGCAACCACAAAACCGGCCAGCUCACCCCGAUUAUUGCUCGCCGACUCCUCGUCGCCAUCGAGCCGACUGAGGAUAACACCAGCCCCUUGGAUCUCAGUCCCUCCGAGCAGAACACGCUCGCGAAAUUCACAUACUCCAACGAAUUCGCCGGCCUGGUCGACAACGCCGUCUUCAACACAAACUAUACCUACUUCAACCUGCCCUCCACCGCCGCGCCGAAUCACACCCUCAUCUUCCAAGAGGAGCCGAUGGUGGCAAGCUUCGAAUACACCGGCCUCGACCACCUGUUUCGCGUGAUGGUGAUUGGCAACACCACUUCCACCGCUGACGAAGCCAAAGCUCUAGCCCAGACCAACUUCAACACCUUGCUGAAGACUGGUCAUUUGUCCAGCCCCCAGGAUCAGAAGCUCAGCUGGGCUGCCUUCUCGACCCACGGUCCCAUGCAUGCCCGCGUGUCCGUUGACGAGGUCAAGAGCGGCUUCUACCAGGAUCUGUACAAGCUGCAGGGUGCUCGUUCCACGUGGUGGACGGGCGGUGCUUUCUCCGUGAACUUCCAGACCAAGUUGUGGGAGUUCAACGAGGGCCUGAUCCCCAAGAUUCUGGAGGGACUUUGA